ACGUCGCACACUCUCUCUACGAAUGUGUGUGUGUGAGCGUAUGUUUUCGUUGAAGAAAACAAAUCCAAAAAUUCAGUAAACAAGCCAUUAGGAAGAGCGCUUUUUACAUGCGAAAUUUUAAAGCCCUCCACCAUUAUAAGUGGUCAGCUUUUAGGCACACAUUUUCAUUGCGUGCGAAAACAUCUCGAUUGCAAGUGUGUGUGUGUGUGCCGAAAGUGUGGAAAACAACAACAACGGGCGUUUGCAAUCAUAAACAAAGUAUGUGUUCCAAAAACAGUAAACAAUUAAAAUAUCAAAACUGACCAUAAACACAAUUGUGCUUGAAAAACAAAUAGAGCGAACAGUGCUGCUACGAUUGUGAAAUAUAAACAGACACACACAUAUAAUGCAAAUGUUCCGUUUAGCACCGUAUGCAUCGAUAGCAAGAAUCCCAUAAUCCGUCGAUUGAAACUGAUUCUUGAAUGUCUGUUAGUGAAAAGUUGUGAAAUAUUGUCCUUUUCCAAAAAAUAAAUUGGCACUCAGAAGGUGAGCCGUAAUCAUUGUGUUCGACAGUGUGUGUUCACUUGCUUGUGUUAGUGUGUGUGUGUGUAAAAUUUGUGGUGAGAAAAAAAGUAAUUGUGUUCAAGCAAGAGGCUGCUUUUGAAGAGUUUGUGCGGGUUUUUUAAGCUUUAAAGAAAAUAGCACAGAAUUGCUUACUAGCGUGUGGUAUGUGUGUGUGUGUGCUGUUGCAAGUGUGUGUAAAUGUUGUGAAGAAUGUUUAGAUGAUCACCCAAGGGUGGGAGUGUUCUGAAAAGCUAAAGUGAUUGUGUUAAAGAAAAAUUGUAAAAAAGGAAUGUGAGCGCGUUAAUGUGAAUGUUUUGUGUCGAAACAAUUCGAGGUGCGAGAGAUACUGGCACAUUCAACCAUCUAAAGCAGACUAAUCUCGUGACGAUUUAUUCAAUGGUAGCUGUUUAACUACUAUAAAUUAAAGGCAUAUACUCCAACGGAAAACACUACGCGUACUAAAAUCAAACCGCUUACCUUGACUUUGGUAGAAUAUUGUACCUGUUGUAAGGGCUGUCCAGUUUCUCGUCCGCUUAAGAGCGGCAGCAGCAGGACCCUUUGCUGAGUGCGUAAAGAUCGCGAUUUAGUUAAAUCCCGACGAAGGAGAAAUAAAAGCGCCUCAAGGGGGCACACGUUGUGAAGCAAAAGGCAAACGCGCGAACGGGAAAAUCAAUACAAAAAUAGUAAAAGCAAAACAACAAAAAAAACCCCCAUCGUAAUCGUCCAAAAAGUUUCCAACCUGCAACAACCGGCCGGAAAAAUCGGUCCAAAGCUUGCUGGCGUAGUGUUUGUGCUGUGGUGUUGUGUCUCGGUGUGUUUAUAGCGGCAAAAAAGGGAAAAGGCAAAAUCCUGUUUCGUCCUUUCACCGGGUGAGAGAAUGGUGCCCGAGUGUAAUAUACGUGUGCUGUGCUGUGCUCCGGGUUCUGAUGCGAUGUGGGCUGGAGUGUGCGUUAAUGUUGCCGUAAAAUAAAUAAUAAUAAUAGUAAUCAUCCCUAAACAGAGGGAGAUCCCAGUUAACCGGUGCUGGUGUAAGGAGCAAGAGAACCAAGCUUUUUGGAAGGAAAGCGUUCAUUUUCCGGCUGCCGAAAAGCAUCGUGCGUGUGUGUGUGUAUGCUCGGAGGAUACAAAGCUUCGUUUGUUGUUUUUCCGGCCCUGAAGAGUCGGAAGAGGGCCGAUUUUGUUGUGUUUCCUACGUGUUUGGGUUCCUUGGUGGCGUAGGGCAAAAAAGGGGAUAAUAUUUUCGCCCGCCCGGAAUGUGUACGCAAGGAAAGUGAAAAGUGAGCCCUAUAUACAGCCUUGUGUGCUGUGAUGUGUUCGUGAAGUGAGUGCGUGUAUAUACGUCCAAGAAAUUCAUUCUUGUGGCCAAUAGCGGGCGGGCUAUACGUUGUUUCGAGUGUCUGCUUCGCGGUUGAAGUAUCGAGAAGGUCCUUCCCAACCAGCUCGCCGGAGGUCGCAGAAUUGCGUGCCGUAAGAUAAUAAAUUAGAAAUUGAAUGAAAAUUAGUCCCAAUCCGGGACGGCUGGUGGUGUGGAAGCAGCUACACAAGUGAAAGAGAAGUCACACCAAUAAUACAACGAGGCCCGGCAUCGACAGAAAGCUGGAGGAAAGGUGUUGCCAGUUCGUGUUUGUUGCUCUUUAAGUUUGGCCGCGAGUUUUUGGGAGGAAAAAUUGAAGACGGGAAAGCAUGUGUUCCCGAAUGUGCGUGUGCGAAGAGGUGCCCAGUACGUGCGUGAGUAGUUGAAUUACGUCCAACUGGUUGGUUGAUCGCACGAAGAAGUCUUUAUAAGGCUGCGGCGGAAGCAUUGAAAACGAAAGAUUCAAUCUGCGUAUCCAUACCUCAUUAGACGUGUAAAGUGUACAAGGAGGACAUCUUGCGCAAGCAAAAGCGCGCCAAAAUUUUACGCAAAGUGUUUGAAUAAUAGCGACAAAAACGUCUUCGAAGGAUAGAUCGUCCGGUACUGGCGGCAUUCCCACCAACACCAUCGGCAUCCAGUACCGCUCAAACAGUUCUCAUGGGCCACCGUGGCGGAAAAUUGCCGCCGCGAUGUCCACACUUACCAACAACGCCAAUAAUAGCAACAACAACAACAAUAAUAAUAACAUCAUCAUCAACAACAACGGCAGCGGUAGCAACAGCGCCAGUAUCCAGCAACAGCAGCAACAGCAUCAUCAGUUUUCGCCCCAAGGGUCGACGCCACCUACGUCGACCAGCGGCGCCGUCGGUACUGCGUACUCCACAACAAGCAACAGCUUCAAUAACAACUUCCACGCAUCCGACUGUAUCAACAUUAUCAACAACAACCUCAGCAGCAGCAGCAGCAACACCACCGCCAACCAAAGCCAUCCAACGGCAACGACCACGUCAACGACGGCUAGCAGCAGCACUAGUAGCGGUGGCGUCGUCAGCGGGAUUCUCGGCGUGCAGGAAUUUAGCGCCAAGCUGUUCCUACCGUUUUCCCGCUCGAAGAUGAUGCACUCGACGUCGAUCAACGCCACGACAGAUUCAUCCGGCACGAUGGACGGCACCAUGGCUGGGGCCGGUCCAUCGUCCAAGGGUGCGGCGGGCAAUGCUUUCACGGGGGCGUCCAGCACCGGCUCCGGAACGGGCCGCAGUGGCGGUGGCUCCACGCUGGUCAUACCGGAGGUGUUGAACGUGGUGCUGCACGGUUACCAGCGCAAGCUGAAGACAAACAAGAAGAAGUACUUUGUCGUGUACGGCGAUCGGCCGGGUAAGCCGGCCCGGCUCGAGUACUUCGACAGUGAGAAGAAGUUCAAGCAGUCGUUCAUGAAGGGUGGCGGCUGCGAAGGACCGUCGGCGAAGCGUAGCAUCUCGCUGCGGUCCUGUUUUAACAUUAACAAGCGGCACGACAGCAAGAAACACAUCAUCGCCCUGUUCACCAAGGACGAUUGUUUCUGCAUUGUGUUCGAAAGUGAGAACGAGAUGACGCGGUGGCUGCGGAUACUGUUGCGGUUGCAGCGUGGCGAAGAAUCGGAAGGUGAUCCGCCGAGGCCAACAUUCGAGCACGUUUGGGAUGUUUACGUGCAGCGCAAAGGUCUCGGCGACAGUUACGGCAUCCUUGGCACCUAUCGGCUCUGCAUCACCGACAAAACCCUAUCGUUGGUCCGCAUCGGACCGGAAUUUACGCCUCAGCAGGAGAAACGGGCAGCUAACGUCGAUUUUUCGUUGGCAUCCAUACGACGAUGUGGACAUUCUCAGCGCUACUUUUACCUGGAGGUUGGUCGAAGCACGAAAACGGGAGCGGGCGAAAUUUGGAUGGAGGUGCAGGAUUCCAUCAUCGCGCAAAACAUGUACACCACCAUCAUGAAGUCGGCGAAAAGUAAAGACGACAACCUCGGUCCCAUGAUACGGAUACGAUCGUCUUCGGCGAACGCCGCCUCGAAACCUACCUCGAUGCUGUUCCGCCGCCAGACGCACACCGGCCAGAAACCGAUCAACUGUUCGCCGUCAAGUGAAGAUCAGUCAAACAAUGCGCAAAACUCCGAGUCCUCGUCGUCGGCCGCCAGCAUCAAUACGGUCGUGCUGGUCGGGUCGCCGCCCAAAGGGACGGCUAGUUCUGGUGCACCGAAUUCGAAACCAAGACCCGUAGUAGUAGCCAAUCCUAACCUGCCAGUCUGCGCGGAAAAUUCUCUGCUCGGCUCGUGUGCUACCUCCGCUGCGAACAGCGCCACUGCUCCUUCUGCUACCACUGCUACCUUCGGUACUGCUUGUACUUCUGUCGCCACAACUAUUACCUCUGUAACUACUGUCACCUCCUCAGUUGCCACUGCUAGUAUGGCGUCGUCCGCCAUGUACCCUACCACUCCCGACGCUUCCUACCAACAUGCACCGACGAUCGUUCCUUUUGCGGGCCACGCGUCCGCCUCGGCAGCUGCUGCCUGCUCCACCUUUACCCCCGGUGCCAUGUUCACCUGUUCGCACAGCAGCAAUUCCUCCCUCACGAGCAUCGGCUCCUGUUCCCCGAUCGAUGCGUACGUUCCGCUGUUACCCGGUGCCGGUCGCAGCACCAGUCCCAAUCAGCAUCCUCUGUCCUGUGCCGCGGUGGCGACCGGUGGUGGUGCUGCUGGUGCUGUUGGCAGUGGUGCUACCGUCUCCGGUCGGGGUGGUCUAGUCGGGUCGCCACGUCUCGGAGUGACGGCACAGUCGCCGAGCUAUCGACGCACGUCGCUCAAGAAGCCAGUCUCCGAAAACUGUCCCAGUAGGACGGCGAAAAUGGAAGCUUCGCCAGUGCUGUCGUCCACACCACGGGGUGGACAGCAAUCGCGUCACUAUCACCAGCAGCAGCAACACCUCCACGGUACUACUGCCUCCAUGCUUCCGCCGGCCGCUUCCCACCUUUCCCACCAUCACACUCUUGCUCAGCAUCCCCAUCAUCAUCACCAUCCAUACCUUCACCCUGGCACGCAAGCACCGUUGACCUCCGCAGUAGUUGCGACCGGGGCAGUAGUAGGGCACCCGGCAACACCCAACUCCGUUGCUGGUCUGCUUCACGCUGCUACAGGGGUCGUUGGUACUAGCAGCUGUAGCAGCAGCAGGAGCAACAGCAGCAGCAGCAGUAACAGCACCAGCACCAUCGCCGUUACCAAUGAGUUUUCGUCCUCCUCGACUGACCAUGUUACAUCCGCAUCCUCCACAGCCGGGGUGUUCCAUCAAAGAGCUUUAUCAUUGCCAAGCGCUCCCAUGUUAGGCCAUUCUCCCCAUAGCAAUACGAAUCAUUUGGGCACACUCCACGCGACCGGUAGUAGCGUCCGGUCCUCCUCCCAGAGCAGCGUUGCCGCUCCGCCGGCUUCAGGUACGGGGCAGGGUCCGCCGGGUCCAGCCCUGCCGGCGUCCCUGUCAUCAUCGUCCGCGUCUUCCACGGGCACGAUCCAGCCCGUUCACCACCGCACCCGUUCGUUGCCCCUGACCGAAGAGUCGGCGAUACGCGUCACGUCGUACGAACGAUCCGGGCAGGGUUCCGGAUGGUGGCACCACAACCACAAUCACCACCACACCAACCCCCUCCAGUACUCGCAGCACCACUACUCGUCAUCCCUUUCCUCCACCACCGGUGCAAACCAUCGGAAGUCAUCGUCGGCGUACUUGCUCGCCCCGACGCACGUAUGUUCACUGCACGGCGGUACUGCCAGCAGCACACCGAACGGGGGUGGCGGAUGGUCUCCACCAGUGUCGGACGCAGUGCUCUGUACCUCGCCCCACCGCCAUCAGUACGAGUUUGCCCAGGACGGUACGACCGGUACUCCGUUCGCCAGUCUCGUCCCUUCCCGCAGCUCGAUGGAGAGCAUUAUCGAGGAUCAGCGAUAUCUGCCGAUGGAUCUGAAGAAGCCGUCCCCGGAAGAAAGCGACAGUGGGCAGACGUCAGGUCAGCAGCUACCGCUAAUCAGUCGUCUACUGCGCAGCACCAAUCUGCAGCAGCAACCUUCCGCUUCCGCUUCGUCCCCGGCCCCGUUGUCCGCCGGCAAGAUGGGUCUGCUCGGGCUCAAGAUGGCCAUGAUGGGUGGUGGUGGUGGUGGUGCUUCGGCUGGGUCGGUCCCGACGGGCACCGGCCACCCGGCGAACGGUGGCUGUAGUUGUAGUAGUCCCUCGUCACAGUGCAGUAGCAGUAGCAAUUGCAAUCACGCCAUUAGUAGCAAUACCACUUCCCAUAAGAGCACGAACGGUUCCUCACCGGCAGCACUGCGGCGCCCGAUCGGUGGCCGCACUGCCAGCGGUACGAUCAGCAGGAGUGUUGCCAUUGCGCGCGAACGCUGCGACAGUCUUCCAUCGCGAAAUCGAACGACUAGCGAAACGAUGCCACACCAGCAACAGCAGCAGCAGCAGCAGCAGCAGCAGCUGCAGCAACAACAGCAGUACCAGCAACAUCAUCAACAGCUUCAGCAUCACCAGCUGAUGCUGAACAGUGGCGGUAUGCCACCGCCUCGCAUGAUUCCGAGCAGCAAUCGACCGCACUCGGUACACAUCAGCCAUAGCCACAGUCCGCCGGUCAAUUCGUCCCCGCUUAGCCCGCCACCGCCCGCCACCUACUCGACCGGAUCGGACGGAUCGUCGCUCAGCAUCGAUGAGUCGACGGACAGCUUCAUCACCGGUUCGCUAACGCCGGACGAAGGCAAUGGCUACCCUAAGGUCAUUAAUCAACUCAACUCGGGCUGCUCCAUACCGGAGGAAAACUCGGAAGAGUUCAUCAAAGACUAUGGCCAUAUAGAUUUGCGUGCGGGUUGCGGCUUUUCGCAGCACGAUGACUUCGCCGUGCCGAACCAUCACACUACUCCUAGUGGUAGCUCAGGCAGACAUGGCCACCAUCAUCAUAAUUCCCUCUCGCUUCCCAUAUCGCAGGCGGCCCGACGAGGAGGUAGCCCUGCACCACCGUCCACGGUCGGCUCGGUUGAGGGCAGCGCGUACAUGGAGAUGUGUAGCCCGAGUGGCAGCUCGCCUGGAGAUCCGUCCGGCAGCUGCUACAUGGCAAUGUCCCCUGUAGCAGACUUUUCGCGAGGGCUAUGUUCCAGCUCGAGUGCACACAGUCGCGCCUCCAGUCUCGCGGAGGAUAUGGUCGAUGGGUCAGGGUAUGUGCCGAUGAGCAUGCCCCGAGCCGUACCACCAGCCGAAGAGUACGUCCUGAUGGAUCCAACGCUCAAUGGGGGCGCUGGCAGUCGACUGUCAAGCGCGACCAGUGGUGGUGGAACGGGCAACAACGGCGGCGGUGGAAGUGGCAUGGGUGGUGGAGGUAUGUCUUCUGCUGCGUCAAGCUGCAGCAUUACCUCCGGCACUCCGUCGACCGAUCUGCGCCUUUCGCUGGAGAAAGUGCCGGCGUACAUCGGGCAGAGCGACGAUCACGAGGUGAACGAUCGCCCGUUCCGGACGUACUCGGUAGGAAGCCGGCCGGAGCUUAUAAAGCGGAAGCUGCGCGUCGAGAUGCUCAGCUCGGGCGAUAGUUCGGUCGGUGGUUCGGCGGGUGGUUCGGCAAGCUCGCGACAGCGCGCCUUCUCCGUUGGUUCCCGUGCCAAAGUGCCCCGCUGUUCGGAUGUGUACAAGGGAUACUCGGCAGCGCCCGUGAUCGUGUCGUUUGCGUCCACCAGCUCCCAGGGCAGUAUGCUUGAAAGCAGCAACAAUAAUAGUUCGAGCAGUACGAGCAGCAUUUCGCAUGCGGGAAGCUUCGGUGCUUCGAUUGGAGACACUUUGCCAAUGGACGAGUUGGGUGCCAUUGGUAGGAAGUCGGGCAGUGGAUCGCUGUUGCCCGACGGCAAUGGAAAACCUCCGUCACACGGUUCACAUGGGCGGAUGAGCGAUCUAAUGGAGAUUGACUACUCGUCCCCGCGCCAGGUAAAACCCUCGACGAGAACGAGCGAACCAGCCGGCAUGGAGGAUUACCUCGAUAUGUCUGGAAAUGGUAACAACAAUGAGGAGGAUCGUCGUGCGGGCGCACCAUCCGCCACGUCCGGCUACGUCGAGAUGCGUCCCGGUCGGGUUAAUUCGCAAUGUGAGGAGAACGACUAUCUGAACAUGACACCGGGCUCUAUCGCCGCUAGCUCACGAGUCGGUAUAGACGAACCGGACUGUCCCGUCGGUGGUAGCGGAUCCGCCAAGCCCACCAGCUCCCCGAUACAGAUCAAUUCCGCCGGUCCAACGUCGACAGACACGGCAACCAGUGGGAGCAGUGCCGGACAGAACAAUAACUACCUCGAAAUGUACCCAAGGGCACUGGCAAAAGACACGAAUCGGGGCAGUGCCGCCGCUACGAAAGUACCUUCCGAAGAUUACCUGAACAUGGCCCCGCUGAUGAUCAGUUCGCUCGGGGAUGCGAGUGGAAGCGAAGAGAAGAUGGCCACGCACCAGCAGCACGGAGGUGGUGGCGAAGAUGAAUCGCUCGAGUCUUCCAGCGCACCCGACGGCUACAUGGAAAUGUCCUGGAACCAUGGCGUGGUGACGACCGGGUCCUCCUCCUCUUCCUCCAACAAUCGUGCGGAACGCAACGUACCAACGAAUGGGGACGAUUACAUGAACAUGUCGUGCGGUCCUCCGCCACCAUCCCAGUCGGAGGAUGCAUUCCGCGCAUACUCCGCACCGAUCACCAUUCAACCGAGUGCCGGGAAAUGCCGGCUCGACCUGAGCGGCGAAUCGAAGGUGGAAGCGGGCGCCAACAUCCCCAACUAUCUACCUCUCGGCCAGCAUCCGGACGCGCGGAAGUCGGUGCACCAUCAUCACCAUCCACACGCACCACCGGCAACGAUCGUAGCGCUACAGCAACAUCUGCCGUUGUCCGCGCAGGCUCCGAUUCAAACCACCACCGGCCAGCAGAGUGGUUCGAUCGGGUUCAGUCCUGCGUCGAAACCGGUGACCGAAACACCCGAACGGGCGCGGUGCGAUUCGCGGGACAGUGGCAUCGUGACACCGUCCGGCAGUCAACCGACUAUUUUCCCAUUCAGUCCGGCGAGUCCCACGAAACCGUUCGCACCGGGGCAGGCGCAGCAGGACGAACCGAUGGUGGAAUCGCUCGAGAAUCUAAGUCAAAACUACGCCGAACUUAGUCUCGGCCGACAGCAACUCCAGCAGCAGCAGCAGCAGCAGCAACAACACCAAGGGGACCCGUCCCCAGCAACGCGAAAGCUUUCAGCCGGGAGCCGAGGGUCUGUAUCGUUCAGCAAGCUGCAACUGCUGUCGACUGGCAGCUUUAGCCAACCGGACUACGUUAACUUCUGCCCAACGACACCGCCCGUCGAGGGUAUGAAUGUGCCACUAAACGUGCAACCGUCGCGCACUCGCAUCGAGGACGACGGUGCCGGAGAUUAUGCCCUCAUGAACCCCGCAAGCUCGCGAAAACUCUCCACAACUUCGAUGGGAGCAGCGGCCGGAGGAACAGCAGGCACUCACACCUCGCCCCUAGCUCCCUCAAGUCUCGGCAGCUCGUCCAGCUCGGCGGACGGCGUUUCUCCACCGGUGCUGGUGGCGCGAAAGUCUACGCUUCUGCUGUCCAGCCCGCAGAUGGGCUUCAAACCGAUCACCUCCUCCCAAGACGCAGAGCUACUGCUGCACAGCAAGCUACCGAUGCCUUCAGCCAACUCCCCGAAAGCACUCAACCUCGCCCGACGCUCGGGAGAACCGGCGUUCAACUUCAACACCGAGCAACAGCUUCCACCGCUCCAGCGUAGUAUCUCCACCGGGACGCGCCCAAACAGCGUGAACAGUGAGCUGAUCGGUAAGGGGUGCGGUGCGACAACACCCGGACCGAACACCGGCAGCACUACCACCAUUCCAGGCAGUGCGGCCAGCACCCGGCCCAGCUCGGCCAACAGCGAACGGCUUCCCAUCAUAUCAGCUACCUCAUCGUCCGCCUCGUCCACGUCGACGCUGUGCGAAAGCAAAAACCAAAGUCCUUCCGCGUCGAGUACGGCCCUCACCGCCACCACUGCCACCACCACCAGUCCCAGUGUGCCCGGUUCGCGGCCCGAUUCGGUCAGUUCCAUAACCGAUCCGAACAUCGUGUCUCGACCACCGUCGGUUAGUUCCGAGCGUGAGCUGCACUACGCCAGUCUCGAUCUGCCACCGUGCAGCAAGCAGACGCCGGUAGCUUCUCCAUUUUCUGCGGGAACAAUGAUGCUAUUAUCGGGUGGUGGUGGUGGUGCUAGUGGCAUUAAUAUUGCCGGUGGUGGCAGCAGUAGCAGUAGCGCCGUCGGUGGUGUUACAAAGAUGGACGUGGAUGAACCAUUGCCCGGCGCAAAUGAGUCCCGCAGCUCGAUCGAUUCGAUCACUUCCUCCAGCCCUAGUCCCAGCUCGAGUGGAUGCAAUCUGCACCAGCAGCAGCAGCAGCAGCAACAACCGGUGCGAUGUGCCGCCUUCACCUACGCCAAGAUUGAUUUCGUACGAUCGCAAGCGCAGAAGCAGCAUCAACCGGCGGGAGGCUCUGGACCGGCCGGUAGUACAGGAAGCGGUAGCACCAGCACACCCCAAUCGUCACAAGCGUAAGACGUAGAUGUAGCAGUACAUUAUCGUGUGCCACUCACAUUGCUUGCUUUGGUUUACUUUACUCUUUUAAAACGUUUGGGUUUUUUUGUUGUACGUGAUCGGUUCGUUCGAUCUAGCGGUGUAAGGAUAGGGCUAGGUUUGUUUGUUUCCCUGUGUUGAGUUACGAUCGAUCCCCGAACAAAAGUGACACCAAUUUUGCAACUGCAGCGGGCAGCAGAGCAGAGCUCUUCCGAAAGUAACCUCUCCCCCACUCUCUCUCUCUCUGUGGGAGGGUUUUUGGUGAGGAUUUAUUGUAACAUUAUACACAAUAUACACGACCGUGAUGUAAAUGCGGUGAGCGCAGUCACGAGGCUGCUACGGAAGCGAAACUCAUACAAGGGACUACUACUAGCUGCGGAAGAAACCAGAAGACCAUAGGAAAAAUUUACCGAAAACUGCCAAUACAUUGAAUGAGGAUAGGAUGAAGCAAACCGGAUAGGAAGCUCGCAAUCACAUAUAAAUUGCUCUAUUUAUAUACACACACAAGAGAAGGAAAAAAAAUGCAAGUCCUUAUAUACAAAACAUGAUAUGUGUGUGGGGACUAGUGAAACCUGAAAGAGUAGCGCCCCCUCUACCGGAGAAUGGUGUGCGAACCUACUGCUAGUGUGCUCUCCAAGCAACGGAAAGUGAAACAUAACCUCAAAUCAGAUUUAUUGUGUACAGUUUUGCUGCCACACACACCAGGAUGGAAUUACACGGAGGAUGGGUUAGGGAAUUGUACCUGUAGUGUGACGCCGGAAACGCCGGUGUAGAGGAAGCAUCUUUAUAGCAAACCAGCAGACAGUUAACCAGUAGAGAUAGCUGCUGGCAAGAGGAGUGAUUUUAGUGAUCACCACUAACCAGUGUGCCGGUGUGGAGCAACACAGCUGAGGAAGCGAAAAGGAGCAGCAACAGCUACAACUACUACUUAUUAAUGCCUAAUCUAGUGCUAAACCAACCACUACUGCAACUACUGCAACUACUACUACCAUCUCGAGAAAGAAUGUAAGUCUCUCUCUCGCGCUAUCUCUGUUACCAUUGGAGGCCUCUUCUUUUUGUUGUAUGGUAUAAUAUAAACAAAAAAUGAACGAGUACCGCGAGUAAAAAAGGAUAUUGAUGGAGUGUUUAGCCGGAAGUAGUUCAUGCGGAAGACCCAGAGCAGUCUUGGCUGCAUUUUUCUUCUUUUUUUACAUAUAUAUUCACGCCAUAUUGUGCUCGUCGUCGGGAGGAUGGCAGAAAGGAAACCCCUUUUGCUCGCUGUUUUAUUGCAAGCGAGCAAAUCGUAACAAAAUGAUGGUGUAUGUGUAAAAUGAGAAAAUACUAUUUAUAAGCCAUAUACGAGUACGGGAAAAUAGGUAAGAAUAGAUAAAACAAAAGUAGCGAGUAAAGUGAGAAAAAAAUGAAAAAAGAAGACAAAAAAACACACACACACAUCAGCCAGACAGACAGAAAGUAAUUUGGCUAAUAGUGGGUAAGAAACACAUCAACACACACACACACACACGUUGUAAAUGCCCAAAUGCAAAAGCAGUAACAAAGAUGAAGAUUCUAUUCCAUAACACGUAGAAAGCGAAAGGGAAGUACGAAACACAACUCAUCCCCUCAUUGGUAACGAGAAAAUGAAAGAAACAAAAAACACUAUAAAAUCUACUUUAAAAGAGAGGUAAAACAAGUAAGAAGAAAACAAGAAGAGACUAGAUAAUAAGCUCUAAGCUAGUAGCUCCUAAGAAGUAUAUAGAAAAAAGAAAAACAAAACAAUGAAACUAGGUGGUUAAAAUAAAGAGAAGAAACGCUAGCAGUAAAUUAAAAAGAAAACAAAACAAAAAAACAGAAACACACACAUACUAAAUCCAUUCACCUCCCUUUAAGAACGUUAAGGAUCGGUUAAGGGGAGUGUGGUGGUGAUGAGAAUGUAAAAUGCCAAAAUAAGCUUUACUUGAACGUUAUUUUCCUACUUAGUUUUUUAACGUAAUGUGUAGAAGAAAAGCAGAAAAUGAGAAAACAAAAUUGAAACGCAAAAAAAACACAGAACCACACGAAGCAAACAAACACACACACACAAGCAGAUGAUAAGUUACAAAAACCCAUUGUUGGUUUUCCGUUCGUUCCUCUUAUAAAUAGUAUAUAUAUAUACAAAUAUCUUAUAUACAUGUAAUUAUAAAUAAAUUUAUGUAUUAUAUAUAUAUCACGUCACACACAUACAUAAAUACGAAUAUAUAUAUUUUUUACAACAAUUAAAAGAACAGCGCUAGAAAGAAUGUAGAAAAUAAACAACAUAAGGAAAUUAUGUUUACAAAGGAGAAAAACCGUAAACUUAAACAAAACUUCCCCCCAACAUGAAAGUGCACACUCACAAACCAUCUAAACAAACACCUGUACAGAAACAAAUGGAAAGAAGGAAGGAUAGAGGAUAGCAAAAGCAAGAGAGGUGAAAGCUACACAAGGAAAGAGAAGCCUAUAAAACAGCAGAGUCUAGGAGUCUUUUAACACACUUUAUAUUUGUUGUUUUGUUUUUCUUCUCUCUCUUUUUGUCUUUUUAUCACUUUGUUAGAGAAAGAUAAUCGAAAGUUUUUGUUUACUUGUUGUGUUUUGUUUGCUAAGUCAUGCUUUUCACACGAUUGGCUUACCCUGUCCCUUGUGCUUCGCUACUGCAGUAGCGUGUAAAAUUGAUGAAGAAACCUGGUUACCUGAAACAAUCGGAAUUCAGAUCAACGAAGCAAGUACACCGCAUCCCGGGCGCACUCGUCCCAGCAUUAGGGCGCGACGAAUAGACACACCGAUAGGGUAGAACCCGGGGAGGGGAAAAACAGAGAAAGAGAGCGUGAAAGAGUUUAUUUUCUAGCAAAAUUUUGCUAACCACAGGCGUAUUGGCGGCAGCAUAAAAGGAACGUAGUGGAAUUAGUGCAAAAGUAGCAACGAGGAAACAAGAAACAAACCAGAAAAAAGGGCAAAGAGAAGGAGAAGUUAGAUCAACCUAAAAGGAUAGCAAAAAACGGAAGGCAGAAAAACAGGUUUGAAAAAGAAAGGAAAUAAAACUUGCAAAAAAAAAGGAAAACAUCAAACAAUCGAAUCGGAUUAGCAAAAUGGUUAAUGAAAGGUGAAAAGCAAAACGCAAAAAAGGAAGUAUUAAAAAGAGGCAACAGCAAACAAAAAAAAGAGAUAAAAAACAGUAAUGCAAACGAGGGGGAAAGAAUGGCUAGAGAAAGUAUAUUUUUUCUAUUAGAAACAAAAAGCAAAAAAAAACAAGGAAACGAACACAACACACUACACAAUAGAGUAAGCGGGGGAAAGCAAGUGGUUGAAAACCGCAAUUUUACCCGCUAAUGUCAUUUAAAGACAAUGUAAAUUGUAGAGGGAAGUAAGAAAAAAACGGAAAGGUUUAGUUAAGUAAAAGUGGAAAAGAAAAUGAGCAAGAGAAAAACAAGAAACAAAAAAGAAAGGUGGUUUUAGUGAGUGGUGCGUGUGAACCGAAACCUAUUACCUUACUUGCUAGCUACUACUAUUACUCAUCACUAUUUACUAUUACACUUAAACGAAGAAAAAAGCAACUACUAUUACGAGCUACCACAACUACUACUAUUACUACCUACUCAACACCUAUACUAACUGCUGUUGUCCAUGCUCACCAACACCAUCACACACACCGAACGUUUUCUUGUUUUACGUUCUACCUCUACCCUCUUGGUUUUCUUUUCAUUUUCGUUGUCUUUAUUUCAGUAUUUGGAAGUUUUAUGGUUUUGCAUGUUUCUUCUAAAUUCUUUUACUUCUCUUAUAUUUUUGUUACAUACUUUUAUGUUUCUUUGUUAUCUUUUCAUCCUAUUUUUCUUCAAAUGUUGACUUUAAAUAAGAAGGCACGGAAUUGAUCUACCCUCGCUAUUUCGCUCGUUUGUUAUUUGCUGCUUUUUACAGUAACAACUUUUACAACUCUGCAACACUCGCAAACACCUGCGCCCUUGUAAUUAGCAUACAAGCUCGGGUGGUAACAUUGAUUUGCUCAUUUAACGCUAGUUCCUUUCAUUGGUUUCGUUCUGUUUCCCCUUAAAAUAUGACUAAAUUGCCUCUUUUUAAUUUUCUUAAGUACUUCAUUUUAUGGCGGAAAUCUGUUUUAAAUAAAUCGUUAAACACGCUUUUCAUAGAAAACAAAGGUUAGGUUAGCUGAAUUGUACACUACCGCGCUGAAGCAGCCGAUGUGAAAUGCAAAAAAGGAAUUCCCAUUCCCUGUUUUGCUAAACCAUUAUUUAAAUCAAAGAAAAACAACCCAGUUUAACAAAAAACAAACCAAGGGUCACAAUCCCUUUCCUUCCACGAAAGCAAAACAAAACAAAAAAGAUGAACUGUAAAUGUCACUGCCUACUGUAACAAGGACUUGUAGGAAAUUCACCAACACACGAUUGUACGAUUUCGCGGUUCGACUUUAGCGCAAAGCACGUUAGGAUUUGCGGGAGCCAACACAGACAAACAACCGCACACACCCGGAGGAGAAAAAAAGGAAUCAACCCAUGGCCCCGGAUGAUCCAAAACAUCGAUAAAAGAAGGGCAAAAGAUUUAAACGGGCGGUUAAGCGGGGAGCGUUUGAAAAAUGUGUUUGUAACCUUCCGACCUUGUUUUUCUUAUUGGUUGGUUUUUUUUUUAUCCGAGGAUCUCUCACACACCUACGUUCCUUUUCGUCGUAAAUAUCCUCGCCUGUUCCAAGCAGUUGCAGAGUGUAAAAUAGCAAAUGGGGCGUGAACGCGGACGCGCACUAUUGUGCUUGCUUCUUUUGUGUUGUUGUUUUUUUGGGGGGGAGGGGCAUUUAACGGGCGGCAGGGGCUGUCGUCGUCUUUGGGGUUGCCGGAACAGGCAACAAGUCGCCAAAGCGAAAUGUGUAGCCUGGAGCGCUGCGUGCUUUUACUACGGGAUAGAGAUGAGCGGCAGCAGAUGCUUCUAGCCUUAAAGAAAACAAACAAACAACAACAACAACAGUCAUCAAAACCGUCGUUUUACACCGUUUUUUAAAUAUAAGCGAUAGUGCGUGUGUGUGAGUAUCGCACCCUGCUUGAGGUAAAAAAAGGAAGUUAAAAAUAAAUCGUGUAAAAAAAGAAAGCGAGAAAAUAAACUCAUGCAUAUAGAACGAAAAUCAGGAAAACACAAAAUUAAACAGAAGAAAAAGAAUUAAAAAAUGGAAAAAACGAAACCACUAAAAUAAAGCUAGAUAAAUAGUGUAAAAUUGGCAAACGAGUUAGUUAAGUGGAGAGAAGAGAGAAGCAAACAAUCGGAUCAAGAACAAACAGCAUCAUCAUUAGCAGCAGCAGCAGCAGAAGCAACAGCAUUAGGGGUGAAACGAAAUGCGGGGAUAAAGGAAGAAGCAAGAGGUAACAAACAACAGAGCGCCCCCUGAACGUGCACAUAAAACAUAGCAAAACAAGAAGAAAAAAACUAAAAAAAAAAAUAAAAAAAACCAAACAACAACAAGAACAACAUGUGAGAACAAGAGAAUUAAACCGGAAACACUGUGUUCAAUUUACGAUUCUGAAUUCAUACAUUGAUAUUGAUCAGCUUUACUUUUUAUUGUAGCGUUUAAGUAAGUGGCCACCGGAACGGGCUGGGGUAAGCCGGACGCCGGAAGGGGUGUAGUAAGAGAAAAACAACACCCCCUUUCACCCAUAGCGUGUCCCAACACUUCCACGAAAAGGAAAGGUAGUAAAGGAGGAAGAAAAGUAGGCGGAAGAGUGGUUAAAAAACAUAACAUAACAUAAUGUAAGUGAAUAAAAAGCGGUAAACACUAAAAAAAAA